AUGGGGAGAAGGAGCCGAGGAAAUCAGCCAGCAUCUUCAGGGUCUCCGAAAGCCUCCGGGGACAAAGCCACGAGCAUUAUCAGCCGAAGGCGCGCGGUCGCCAUCGGCCCCUACCACAGGGGCAAGUCAGAGCUGCUGAUCAAGGACAAAGACAAGUGGUGGUGCGUGAAAUACUUUCUCUCCGAGCAUUCGCUCAACCUCGAAAAAUGGCUAUGUGAUAUGAGCUCGAGGGAGGAAGAGGCUCGCAGCUACUACUCAGAAGACGUGUCCAUGGACAGCCAUAGCUUUUUGGAGAUGUUACUGCUCGAUAGCUGCUUCAUUUUUCAUGCUUUCAGAUUGAUAAUUUGCCCGUUGCUCUACCCGGGAUGGCCGUCAGACCAAAUCAAGCUUGACUUGCUGAUGCUCGAGAACCAGAUCCCUUUCUUCGUCUUAGUCCAACUAUACUGUGGGCUCGGUGGGGAACAAGAAUUCAGGAAGUUCGCUGGGGCUUACGCUGGCACUAUCAUUCAUUAUGCCGUCAAUUCCUUUACUCGUUGCAAUAUGGGUAGCACUUGGGAUGACUCUAUCCUCCCCGAGCAAGUCCUCCAGCUGUUGCACCUGUUUCGCUUGUCCUUGGGUCCUUCCGGGAACAAAUCCACACUUCCGCCCCAACGCAGGAUACACUUCAUGGGCUCCAGCCCAAGAUAUGUUCCUAGCGUGACAGAAGCUUCAGGAUCGAUCUGCUAUUGA